AAUGGCAGCUUCCACAUUCACGUGCCCAUACGAAAUGUAAUAGAAUGCGAGACUCGAGACUUGUGAAGAUUGCUUGAGUAUUUGUUCGUUAUUCAGUCAGCACGAUUAGGCAUUUGUAAUAACCAUGGCAGAAGACGACAGUGAGAUGAUGCUAAAUCUGGUGUAUCCAGAGAAAAAGACGGCAGUAUGUAGAAAAGAAGGAGAGAAAGUGACUUCAUCACAGAAAUGUCAGGAAAAGGAGAGUCUAAAGCAAGAGACAAGAUCCAGAGCUGCUUCUCGUCAGUCGGCCAGGCUGAAACAUCCUGCUGCCACAUCAAAGACUGAAAAUGAUGUGGGGAAUUUUAGACCGGCCCAGAGAACAACCAAAGGUCAAGGUGCUAUCACUGACAGGCCAAAGGUCACCGGACCACCGGGUCAUGGGAAGGUCAUCUCGUCACUGUUCAGGCACAAUCCUGAGAUUCCAACUGUGCAUGUUGCCAAAGUCCAGUCGGGCAAGGAGGCAGUUUUUUCCGGACGAUCAUUCCAUGAUUUGCCCCUACACCCUCACCUGAUAUCAACCUUGGAGAAGACACUGGAGUUUAGCCACAUGACCACUGUCCAGCAGCAGGCAAUUCCUACCAUUCUGAGUGGCCGAGACACCCUGGUCAAAUCCCAGACUGGUUCAGGGAAAACCCUCGCCUAUGCUGUUCCAAUUAUCAACUCUCUUCGGGAUCGUGACCCUAAAGUUCAAAGGUCAGAUGGGCCUUAUGCGAUAGUUCUUGUCCCAACCAGGGAGCUAGCUUUGCAAAGUUUUAACACACUUCAGAAAGUCCUGAAGCCCUUUCAGUGGAUAGUGCCAGGCUACCUGAUGGGCGGGGAGAAGAAGAAAGCCGAGAAGGCGCGGCUGAGGCGUGGCAUCAACAUCCUGGUGGCCACGCCCGGUCGCCUCCUGGACCACCUACAGCACACGGAGACACUGAAGCUUGAGAGAGUGCAAUGGCUGGUCAUGGACGAAGCAGACAGGUUGCUUGAUAUGGGAUAUGAUCGGGAUGUGUCUCUCAUUCUGAACAGUCUAAACGAGAAGUGCCUGCAGAGGCAGAACAUCUUGCUUUCGGCCACGCUCACGGAGGGUGUGGAAAGACUAGCCGACGUGACCUUGAACGAGCCCGUCACAAUCGACAUCGCCAAAGAGUGUCUGGCAGAUCAGGUCCUAGAUCAAAACCCCUCUGCUAAGAGCAGUCUCAGAACCGUGGAAACUGACUCCAGUCAGAUGAGGAAGGGAAGAAACGAGGGAGAGGUCGAAUCUGUCGGGGACUUCACCACCCCAGAAGGCUUGCAGCAGCAUUUUGUCAUUGUCCCUAGCAAGUUGAGGCUUGUCACGCUGGCCGCCUUCAUCUUGAGGAGAGCUCAGACCACGGGUGAUUGCAAGAUGUUAGUCUUCCUCUCCAGUCGUGAUUCGGUGGAGUUUCAUUACACCCUCUUGAAGGAGGGCAUCAAGGCAAUCAUUGAGACUUUGAAUCUCUUGGUGCUGAGACUACAUGGAAACAUGUCGCAAGAGGAACGAACGCAAGUGUUUCUGAAAUUCCAAGAAUCCAAAUCGGGCAUUCUCUUGUGCACAGAUGUGGCUGCUAGGGGGCUGGACUUGCCAAAGGUCAAGUGGAUUGUUCAGUACAACACCCCAGGCAGUCCGGAGGACUACAUCCACCGCGUUGGCCGGACAGCUCGCAUCGGCAAGAAGGGUCAAUCUCUCCUGUUCCUGACUCCGGCUGAGGUGGAGUACCUCAGCGUGCUUAGCCAACACAAAAUCAACAUGCAGGGAAUGGGCCACGACCACCUUCUCCAAACCCUCAUGACCACAGAUCUUCUGCAGGCAGAGAGCCAGCGCCACCAGCCAGUGCGGACAGCACAGGAGGCAGCCGGUGCCCUGCAACGGGUCUUUGAAGAGUUUGUCAACAGCAACAAGAGGCACACUGUGUUGGCCGUGAAAGCCUUCCAGUCCUUUGUGCGUGCCUACGCAACCUAUCCCGCUUCGCUCAAACACAUCUUCCACGUCAAAAAACUCCACCUGGGCCACACCGCCAAGAGUUUCGGUCUGCGAGAAGCGCCCUCGCAUAUCACGGCAGGACUAGGCAGGCAACAGCUCCAGGCAAGCCGAGGGACGAAAAGAAAAAGGAAAGCAGAGAUGAAACCGCUGAGUGCCAAGCAGAGAAUUCUGGUAGAAUACGGCAGUGGUUUAGGGGGUGGAUCCAGGACAGUGGUGGGGGCCAAGGGGCCCAAAGCUUCUCAGUCAAAGACAAAGCAGCGACGAAGACUGAAGGGACGAAGGUUAUGAGGUUAUUUCAUCUGAAGCUGCCUUCUUCGAUCAAAAGAGUCUGAGAGUUGCAAGAAAAGUCGCACGCUUUCUUGAGUGGGCGUGGAACCCACAGCCUUCCUGCUUGCUCACGCAGACAUCUUAAUUCCUCGACUACCAACACAUCAGGAGGUACUGUGAUAUUAAUUUGGCUUUGCAUCAGGGAGGACCAAUUUAGGUUUGAAUUUUACCCCAGCCAGCUUGGUUUUUUUUUUCUCCAAAAUUCUCAGACCACAAUGAAAAUACCGUUUAAAUAUUUGAGUCAGUGUAAAAGCAAAACUUUGUAUAAAAAUGAUCCUACCCGAUCGACACACAGCCAAACCUGUAUCAUUAUAAAAGUUGAGAAGACCAUGUAACUAGCCAAACUCGUGUGACUCGUAGCAACCUGUUAACCUUGUCGUUUGUUGAGCGUACCAUCCCAUCGUCUAUUUGUGACCCAACCUCACAAGUCGCACAAGCCACUUUCGAGUUGAAGACAGCGUAAAGGAAUCUUGCGCAGUGUAAAUGUAUAUGAAUCGUCCACGUGUUGACCGCCAUGUUGUUCCUGUUCAUCAGGAUAUCAGACCGAUUUGCACAUCAAAACAGAGAGCUCAGUUUGCGCUUUCCUAAUGCAAGUUGAGACAAAAGUAUACACACUAAAUAAUUGGCCUUAAGACUCAUUUUGUGGGAUCUAGCCUCAUUUUCCUUCGGCACCAACACUGUGAAAACAUUUGAUAAUGUUUUAUCACAUUUGAACGCCCUCCUGGUAACACUUCAUUGUUAAUCAUCCAAAGCUAAACACGUUCUGGUGUGUAUUUCUUAAACAAAUACCUGUUGAUGUUUUAAUUUUAGACACAAUGAUGCAUUUGGGUGUUCAUAACAAGACACAAAAGUGCAUUUAUCAGGUGUUAACCCUUUCUGAACAGGGAAACAUAUUUAUUUCCUAAAGAGGCAUUUAGUUUUAAUUGGUUACAUGUUUAAAUUAGCACAGAUACGCAUUGAAAGAGCCUAUUCUUUUGACGUCACAGUGUUGUUUUUCCUACAAGUGGCUGCUAAAACUGUGGUUGGUUGUCAGUACAAAAGUAAAAG